CUCAUUUUGUUUGUCUUUUAUCUAAAAGUUUCCGUCAAACGACGGAAAGAAAUCAAAACAUUAAAAAAAAAAAAUCAAAGAAAAUGAUAAUAUAGACAAACAAAUUGGAAAAAAAAUCUCUUUUUCUGAAAAAAUGUUCUGAUUGUGUUUACUUCUCUAUUUUGGUUGGUUUUGAUUUUGGAGAAGAAGAAGAAGAGCGAUUUUGGGAAGACAAAUUUGAGAUUUUUUUUAUGGGUAAUAAGUUGGGAAGGGGAAGGCAAGUGUUGGACGAGAGGUAUACGCGCCCACAGGGGUUGUAUGUUCAUAAAGAUGUGGAUAUCAAGAAGCUAAGAAAGCUGAUACUUGAAUCGAAGCUUGCUCCAUGUUAUCCUGGCGAUGAAGAUUGCUGUUGUGAUCUUGAAGAAUGUCCAAUUUGCUUUUUGUGUUACCCAAGUCUCAACAGAUCAAGAUGUUGCAUGAAAAGUAUUUGCACAGAGUGUUUUUUGCAGAUGAAGAAUCGGAAUUCUACCCGUCCUACCCAGUAUCCUUCACAGUGUCCUUUCUGUAAAACCUCAAACUAUGCUGUGGAGUAUCGAGGUGUGAAGACAAAGGAGGAAAAAGGGAUCGAGCAAAUUGAAGAACAACGUGUCUUAGAAGCACAAAUUAGAAUGAGGCAGCAGGAACUUCAAGAUGAUGAAAGGAGAAUGCAGGAAAGACAAGAAUUGAGUUCUUCAAGCUCCGGUGUUUCACCAGGGGAAGUUCAAUGCAGUUCUGUUGCAGCUCGAUCCUCUGAUGAGGAGGAAAUAGUUUCUUCUCAAGAUUCACAGGCUGGCUCAAUGAUUAGACAACCCUCGCAUCCUAGGACAAACAGGGAUGAUGAGUUGGACCUAGAUCUUGAGGAAAUAAUGGUCACGGAAGCAAUUUUGCGGUCAAUUCAGGACAACAGCAGACAGAGAAAUUCUAACUUUGUAGAUGCUGCUUCUUCAGUACAAUAUGUUUCAGGAGAUCGCUAUAUCUCACCAGUUGUGGCCACAAUGUCUGGUUCAUCAUCAUCUCCUUCUGGAGGUCUUGCUUGUGCAAUAGCUGCCUUUGCUGAGCAUCAGCAGAUGAGUGUAGAAUCUUCUCUCAACCAUGAUGGAAAUAUGCCAGCAUUUGAUAUGCUUCCUAGCAGCAGCAGGCUUUAUAAUAGGUUGGACCAAGUUUCUGAGAACUAUCCUCCUGCUGAGAGUCCGGUUGACAUGCAAGCUGAUGGUGGGAUGACAUCAGCAAGAGAUGAAGGGGAAUGGGGCAUAGAUCAUGGAUCAGAGGCAGCUGAAGCAGGAACUAGUUCCAGAAGCUCUGAUGUGACAGAAGAUGCUGGUGGGAUCUCUGCAAUACCACAACCAGAUGAAAUUAGGGGCAGCUUUCAUAAUGCCCUUGGACCCAUUGUUCCAGAGAGUUAUGAGGAGCAGAUGAUGCUGGCUAUGGCUGUAUCUCUUGCUGAAUUUAGAGCUAUGACAAGUGGCCCUGGAGUUUCAUGGCAAUAGUUUUAUGGCCAAGCUACCAGUGAUCAUCUUUCUCAAACAGAUGAUGCUGGCCGUGUUUGCUAGCUAGCUGAGUCUGGAGCCAGGACAAAGUGCCUGAGUAGCUCCAUGCAACUGUUUUAAAGGUCAAGGUAGUGAUGAUCCUUUCUCUUCCUCACACUUCUAUCACUACAUAUAUAGAUGUUAAAAAAAGUAAACCAAUUAUUCUAGCAAAUGAAAGGAUUUUUGUUUGUCCUAUUCAUAAUGUUUUGAUCCCCUUUGCUAGAUUGAUUUCAUUUGUUAGCAUGUUCAUAUCCUAGAAACAAAUCAUAUUAUAAUGCUUCGUUUAGUACUAUUAUUUAGCUUGCAUGUGUUAAAUGAAAAGAAGCCUUUGUAAAAAUGAAGUUCUUGGCGGCUACAGGUGAAAAAAAGAAAUUAAUUAAAGAGUCUUCUACAGAUACUGUGGUAAAUGCAGUCUUACCUUUGGUAUAUGAUGUAAGCCAUCAUUCUCUCGGUUGCCGGAACUGUUUAAAUCACAAGCCUAUUAAGGGCAAAUUUGGUUGUUAAAGGUUUUCGAGUCCUAUCUGCCCUGGUGUCACACAAUCCAUGAACCCUGAAUGGAUGAAAUACCUUUGUCAACUAACCUAUGCUUCAUUGAAUGCCUAGUUUGAGCCGUGUUUGCUUGCCUUUAAUGCCUAGGUCGCGAAAGAGGGAAAAACCCCUCACAUCAUUUAUUUCCUCUAUGCAAUAUGCAGACUUUGAAUGACAAUUUGCAUGUUGAGGAUGAAGCUUGUUCAAAGUUUUAGUUGCAUGCAAAGUUGUAGAAUUAUAGUUUUAAGGUUGUGCUUGAUUUGAUCAGAAGGAUGAAAAGCUUAUGAUGCACUAGCUCCGCUAUUGCUCAGCUGAUUAAAUUGUUGUACAUUUUUCUUUCUUUCCCUCGUUCUUCAUAUCGGAAUCAAAUCGUUUCAUUUGCUCAUUGGUGAAGGAAGGGAUGAAAUUUAUAAAUAUUUUUCAUUUCCUUUUUUUUUCCCAAGAUAAAGCUGUAAAAAGGAUACAUGAUACAAGUGAAAUUCUGCUUCUUCCCUCAAUGAGAAAGAAACAUCAUCUACUUUCUCAAAAUUCAGGCACAUUGAAGUCCAUGGAAAAAUUCAACCUCUUUUCUGAACAUUAGGAUCCACCAUCUUUUUGCAUGUGAUGCCACCAGCAGCAAGGUCUCGCAUUUAGUAUCAAUUGUUUUUGGAUUUGGGGAAGAAUAAUCAAAAGUGAUUCGAAUCCAAUUCUUUAAAUAAGAUAAUAGUUACACCUAGUAUAAAUAAUAUAUUAGUACUCACAAAUUACUUGAGUUUGAUUCCAAUAAAAU